GACGCUGCGGCUGUCUGUGCGCAUCCUCUCCGGGCUCUCCCUCUGCAGACCGGCCAGCUCCCCCGACUCUGCCCCCGCCGCUCACACACACAGACACAUAUCAGUCCGCUUUCUGCACGGUUCCCGGUGUCGCCGCUGCAGGUGGAGGCCUGCACACCGAUGUCUGAGCUACUCACCGGGACGCAUCGCUGCGGUUGAUCCGGUUUGGCCAUGGCGCAGCCGAGGAAACACGGACACAUUAGCGUUGCGCAUCGGAUAAACUGAACUUUCUCGCGGUGAGGAGACAAGGAACGUGACGUUUCACCCUCUAUCUGCCAAAAAUGAUCUGAAUCCCUGAUCUGAACUCUGAGCUGGCCCGGGACGCAGGGAGAAUCAUCAAGGCCCCGCCGGUGGCCCCUGAACCUCACUUUGGGCACCGCUUUGCCCCAAAUAUUCCGAUCCCCGGCUGUUUCCCAGCCUGUUGUUUGUUUAUUUGUUUAUCCCCGCAGUAUUUGGAGGGGCGGUGUGAGCAGUGCCAGCAGCAGCAGCAUCAGCAGCAGCAGCCAUGAUGGAUGCGGCGGAGUGCGGGGUGAGGGUGAUGUGCCGCUUCAGGCCCCUCAACGAGGCCGAGAUCAACAGAGGAGACAAAUACAUCCCCAAAUUCAAAGAUGACGACACGGUGGUGAUCACGAGUAAACCCUACAUGUUCGACCGGGUGCUGCCUCCCAACACGUCGCAGGAACAAGUGUACGACCAGUGUGCCAAACAGAUCGUGAAAGAUGUGCUGGGCGGUUACAAUGGGACCAUCUUCGCCUACGGACAGACGUCCUCCGGGAAGACACACACCAUGGAGGGCAAACUGCACGACCCCCAGCUGAUGGGAAUCAUCCCUCGCAUCGCCCACGACAUCUUUGACCACAUCUACUCCAUGGACGAGAACCUGGAGUUUCACAUCAAGGUUUCCUAUUUUGAAAUCUACUUGGACAAGAUCAGAGACCUGCUGGAUGUGUCCAAGACGAAUCUCUCUGUCCAUGAAGACAAAAACAGAGUGCCCUACGUCAAGGGUUGCACCGAGCGCUUUGUGUCCAGUCCAGAGGAGGUGAUGGACGUCAUCGAUGAGGGCAAGAACAAUCGACACGUGGCGGUGACUAACAUGAAUGAGCACAGCUCUCGCAGCCACAGCAUCUUCCUCAUCAACAUCAAGCAGGAAAACAUUGAGACGGAGAAGAAGCUGUCGGGGAAGCUCUACCUGGUCGACCUGGCGGGCAGCGAGAAGGUCAGUAAGACGGGAGCAGAGGGAGCUGUGUUGGACGAGGCCAAGAACAUCAACAAAUCUCUCUCAGCGCUGGGAAACGUCAUUUCAGCUCUCGCUGAGGGAACGAAAACCCACGUGCCAUACAGAGACAGUAAGAUGACUCGGAUCCUGCAGGACUCUCUGGGGGGGAACUGUCGCACCACCAUCAUCAUCUGCUGCUCGCCGUCCAUCUACAACGAGGCCGAGACCAAGUCCACGCUCAUGUUUGGACAGAGGGCCAAGACCAUCAAGAACACAGUGUCUGUGAACCUGGAGCUGACAGCUGAGGAGUGGAAGAAGAAAUAUGAGAAGGAGAAGGAGAAGAACAAGAGCCUGAGAAACGUCAUCCAGAGGCUGGAGGCUGAACUCAACCGCUGGAGGAACGGGGAGAACGUUCCUGAGGAGGAGCAGCUGAGCUCCAAAGACCAGAAGACCGUCGAGCCGUACGACAACACUCCCAUCAUCGACAACAUGCUGCCGGCCGGAGGAGGCGUCUCUGUCCCCGGGGACGAGCGGAGCAAAUACGAGGAGGACAUCACCAACCUCUACAAACAGCUGGAUGACAAGGACGAUGAGAUCAACCAACACAGUCAGCUGGCUGAGAAACUCAAGGAGCAGAUGUUGGACCAGGAGGAGCUGCUGGCAUCGACGCGGCGCGACUACGAGAAGAUCCAGGAGGAGCUGUGCCGGCUGCAGACGGAGAACGAGCUGGCCAAGGAGGAGGUGAAGGAGGUGCUGCAGGCCCUGGAGGAGCUGGCCGUUAACUACGACCAGAAGAGCCAGGAGGUGGAGGAGAGAGAUCAGACCAACCUGCAGCUGACGGAGGAGCUGCAGCACAAGACGGUGCUGCUGUCGGCCGUGCAGAGGGAGCUGAAUCAACUGCAGGAGCUGAACGGCCUCCAGAGGAAGCGAGCCGCCGAGGUCCUCAACCUGCUGCUGCGUGACCUCAGUGACAUCGGCGCCAUCAUCGGCACCAGCGACGUAAAGACAGCCGCUUCCUCAGAGUUGAAGGGCAACGGCUCGGCGGUGGAGGAGGAGUUCACCGUGGCUCGUCUCUACAUCAGCAAGAUGAAGUCCGAGGUCAAGUCUCUGGUGAACCGCAGCAAGCAGCUGGAGAGCGCUCAGGCCGACGCCCACCGCAAGAUCCAGGCCAAUGAGAAGGAGCUGGUGUCCUGUCAGCUACUCAUCUCCCAGCACCAGGCCAAGAUCAAGUCUCUGACUGACUACAUGCAGAACAUGGAGCAGAAGAAGAGGCAGCUGGAGGAGAGUCAGGAUGCUCUGACCGAGGAGCUCGCCAGACUGCAGGCUCAGGAGAAAAGACACGAGGUGUUGGGGGAGAAGGAGGACAUCAGCAGACUGGAUGGAGACGAGGACAUCAAGAAAACGCUGGAGGAGCAGCUGGAGAACCACAGGGAGGCUCAUCAGAAGCAGCUCAGCCGCCUGCGAGACGAGAUCGAAGACAAGCAGAGGAUGCUGGACGAGCUCACAGAUCUGAACCAGGGUCUGUUACUGGAGCAGGAGAGACUCAUGUCAGACUAUGACAAACUGAAGGCUGAAGAGCAGGAGAAGGACGGGAAGCUGCAGAAACUCAUACUGCUGAAUGAACACAGGGAGCAGGCCAGAGAGGACCUGAAGGGCCUGGAGGAGACGGUGGCCAAAGAGCUGCAGACUCUGCACAACCUGCGCAAACUCUUUGUCCAGGACCUCACCACACGGGUGAAGAAGAGUGCAGAGCUGGACUGUGAGGAGGGACUCGGCAACGUGGCCCAGAAACAGAAGAUCUCCUUCCUGGAAAACAACUUGGAACAGCUCACCAAGGUUCACAAACAGCUGGUUCGUGACAACGCAGACCUUCGCUGUGAGCUGCCCAAGCUGGAGAAGCGCCUGCGGGCCACGGCCGAGCGAGUCAAAGCCCUGGAGAACGCCCUGAAGGAAGCCAAGGAGAACGCCAUGAGGGACCGCAAGCGCUACCAGCAGGAGGUGGACCGCAUCAAAGAGGCUGUGCGGGCCAAGAACAUGGCCAGGAGGGGGUUCUCUGCACAGAUCGCGAAGCCCAUCCGACCAGGCCACCACCCACUGUCAUCUCCCAUCAGCAGCUCCAUCAGAGCCGGAGGCGUCUACACACACAACUAAAACCACAACAGCAAGUUAACCCUACAGACCAUAACCAACUCAACGCAUGCCCACCGCCCCACCUGGACCCACAAGCCCCGCCCCUCCUGUUGGAGCACCAAUGGGAGGCCAUCACGACAGACUGUCACCGCUCAGAGAAGCAAACAUCCAUCGUGUACAUACUGAUAUGAGACGUAAACAGAUUUCAUUUGCUGAAUGUAGAUAUCAGAGGCCUCGUUUAGAAAACGUCCUGCUUGGUGUCCGAAAUUAUAAUUUACGGAAAAAACUGAUCAGUCAGAACCAAUAUUUAUUGAUUCUCCUGAUUAUAUGUUGUUUUAUUUGCAUAAUUACGAGCGUACAUUUUGUAAACGAGGUCCUGAGUUUCUUUCUGAAGGACUUAGACAUGAGUUCAGAAGUUUAGCAGGUGCAUUAUUUUGGUUGUGAUUUAUGAUUGCGACUGUACGUUUGUACCGACCUCCAAAGCUUGAAGAGCCAGGCAGAUAUUUGGGGUUUUAAUUUAAUAUUAAACCAGCACUCAUUCAGUUAAAGGACGAGCUAGACAUUUUGGGAAACACUUUUUGAAGAGAGUUAGAUGAGAAGAUUAAACCAAGUGUCAUGUCUGCAGAAUCAAAAUGAAGCUGCAGACAUGAGCGUGGUGUCAAUCCUCUUUUCUAACUCCACAGAAACGCCAAAAUGUCAAACCGUCCCUUUAAGAAUGUCACUUUAAUGCCACUGCAGCUAAACGCCUUUGAGUUUCACACCUAACGUUGAAGGUUAAAGCGAGAUCGAGUAAAGGCGGGAAUGAAUUUCAGCCACAUUGUGCAGACACCGACACACAUCUCGUCAAAGUGUGUUGAAGCAUUUUUCCUCGUCUGAAUGCCCCUAGUUGUAUUUCUAUACUAAUACCUGUGCUAAUACUUUGUGUUGUCUUUGGGGUUUCUGUCACGUUCUUUUUUCCCCCAGUUGCCUCUUUCGUGUCCCUACAGGUGACAAUCACAAAAAAAUAUAAGCUUAAAAGCAAAAGUUUGUCCGAUGAUGACAGUCCAAUUUAAACUGUUUAAGGACGCGGCUGUGAAAUGAUUUGAGACUGUAGCUGCAGUCCUGUUGGGACACUGACCAGCCAAUCAGGCGCUCCCUGGACUCAGAACAGUCUGGUUUGUUAGUUUACAGCAAAAAGGAAAAUCUUUAAAAUCUUAAAUUUGUCGGGACGAAGAGAAAAGUUCUGCAUUCUCUCUGUAAAGCUCCUGAUCAGCCAAUCAGAGACCUUAAAGGGCAACUUUUCAACAUGGACCCUAUUUUUCCAUGUGGCUAAGUGAGGAAGUGAAUUUUGCACCAUCAAUUUACAUCCACUAAAAGUGUUUGUUUUUGUCACUGACAGGCUCACAUUUGUCUGACAACAUUAUGUAAAGGAUCCCGACAGAGAUAGACCUUUUUGUUCAACUAGAAACGGCCUCGAAAUCAGCAUCACCAAACCCACCAGACUCCAUUUAAACAAAACGUAAUUUUAUUAUCAUAAAACAUACUUCAUUUAAAGUCGACAGAAACAAAAUAAAACACACAAAAGCCAUUUUGGUUCGUCUUCUCACUGCUCCAACAAUCGCCAGCUCUGGUUUGGUUGAAAUUAACCCUUAAAUCACGCAGUUAGAUGUGGAAACAUGCUGCCUCUAUACACGCUAAAAUUACUGUUUUUUUAAAUGGGGUCUGGUGGGUUUGCCGAUAGCAGUUCUGCGGCUGUUUCUGGUUAGACAAAAAGGUCUAUCUCUGUCGGGAUCCUUUCCAUAAUGUUGCAAGACACUUUGAAUAAUCCAACCAGACUCCAUUUAAAAAAACAGUAAUUUUAGUGUGUAUAGAGGCAGCAUGUUUUCACAUCUCACUGGGUGAAGAAAGGGUUAAUUUCAACCAAACCAGAGUUGGCGAUUGUUGGAACAGUGGGAAGACGAAUCAAGAUGGUUUCUGAGAGUCUCAAUUGGUUUCUGUCAGCUUUUAAUGAGGUGUGUUUUACACGGAUAAAAUUACAGAUUAUUUAAAUGGAGUCUGGUGGGUUCGAAGAUGGCGAUUUCGGGGCCAAAAAAAAAGGAUCUUACUCUGGCUGAAUCCAAAUGUCUGGACUUCAACGCACUUGCAGACUUUGAGGGCGCGUUCCCGGAAAGUCAGGAAGUGCUUUGGGCUGUCCAAAUUCACAGUUCAACCAGUCCGCAAGGGGCCUUAAGCGGACUUUCUGCAGACUUUAGGAGAGUCACUGAUUUAAUUGUCCAUAAUUCAUUGCAGUAGUUUUUUUUCAAUAGCCGACUUAAAUCAAAAGUUAUGUAUACGUAAAAUAAUUACUGUAGCCUAUUGAAACUCUAUUUGAAUCGUGAAGGCCAGAAAUAAUAUUCAGCAAUAUUACAAUAUGUAGAAAUAUAAGCUACAGAGGGGAAUCAAAAUGCACUGUAUUAAUGCAGCCUUGAUAUAGGCUGCACAGUGUAAUGCCAAAUAUAUAUAGGCUAGGCUAAUGGCCGGAAAAAAAAAACCCAAGUCCAAGAGGGUGGACAUUUGGAUUCAGCCUCUGUGGGGAUCCUUUCCACAAUGUUUUCAGACAUUUAGACUAACAAUCUGAGCCUGUCAGUGGCAAAAACAAACACUUUAAGUGGACGUUAAGUGACGGUGCACAAUUGCCCCAUUUGGUUACAUUGCAGCCUGUUUUGCUGCUGCCGUCUGCAGCUGUCUCACUCAACACUGGACCAAUUUCCAAAACGGUCGUCUCUGUUAGUUGCUUAGAAACAAGAACACGGUAAAAUAGAGUCCAGGUUGAAAAAUUCACAACGUACCCUUUAAACACAGAGAUGAUGUCAUUAUGUUUCACUCUGCCACACUUUGUGCCUUUUGGAAACACCCGCACUUAUAUAUAUCGUCACAUAACUAACUUCCUAAAUUGAAGAUUGUAAUCGAUUACCCCCCUUCACCCUCCAAUCAAAGAUAUAUUAGACGUCUGUGCUGCUUUCCUUCGUGCUGCCAGUUUAGCAUGUUUCUGAAUGCACUUUUAUCUUUAAGUUGCUGACAGCGGUGGUAAAAAGGGCAACUUUUUCAGGCAACAGAGCGCCUCUGAGCCUGAUUAUCUUUAUUUGAUGUUAGUGGCUGUUUGGAGAGAGCGCUGCGGUCACAGUAACUGAAUGUAACUGCAUGGACUAGAGCUUGUGUUAACGGCAUGCUCAGGGAGGACGAACCGAGGCGAUUUGUAAACACCGUGCAUUUACCUCAUCAUGAUGUACAUUUUGAGUUUGCAGAUGUUUUUUAGUUCCUUUGUUUGUUUGGCUGUGGCAUCAUGUCUCUGAAUAUACCUACAACUGAUGCAAUUAAAGCUAAUAAAGA